AUAACCCGUUUCCAGCUGUCAGAGUUGACAUUUUACAGUUUUACGUUUACUAUUUUUUUUUUAUAAAUCUUAUCAACAUUGAUAAGAUGAUAAUUUGAGGAUUUUUUCCAUCCAAAUUCGAGCAAUGUUUCCGAAAGCAAUAUUCCUAGUGUGUGUGAUAUUAAAUUUAAGUCAUUCGCUCCACAUUCGCAGUGUGGAAUACGAAAGUUUCUUGGAAAACCCAAGGUACCAAAACUAUGAUGAACUGACCAAUCUCCUGAAAAAAUUGGAAUCCGAACAUCCAAGCCUCGUGAAACUGAUCUCCGUAGGUAAAUCUGUGAAAAACCGUGAGCUAUGGGCUCUGGAGAUCAACUCAAACGUUCAGAACAGGAGCCUAUUGACCCCCAUGUUCAAAUUUGUGGGGAACAUGCAUGGAGAUGAAACUGUGGGGAGGCAGCUCAUGAUCUACCUGGCUCUCUACCUCAUCCAUAACUAUGGGAAACUGGAUAGGGUGACUCAGUUGGUCAAUAACACUGACAUCUUUCUGAUGCCAUCAAUGAAUCCAGAUGGAUAUGAAAAUUCAGUGGAAGGAAACUGUGAAUCAAAAGACCAGUAUGUUGGUAGAGAAAAUGAAAACCAUGUGGAUCUCAAUAGAGAUUUUCCUGAUCAGUUUGAUUCAUCUAGAGCAGGGACAAUUUUGGCUGGUAGACAACCAGAAACCAUAGCCAUGAUGACAUGGAUCAUAUCUAGGCCUUUUGUACUAUCUGGAAAUUUACAUGGAGGAGCAGUGGUAGCCAGUUAUCCAUUUGAUGAUUCAAAUUCCAAAAGACAGUGUUGCAAAGAGAGCAGGUCUCCUGAUGAUAACCUUUUCAAAAAACUGGCCACAAUUUAUGCCCAGGCAAAUCCAAUUAUGAAAACUGGAAAAGCAUGCAGAGAAGACAAUUUUGAUCAAGGGAUAACAAAUGGAGCCUUCUGGUAUGAAGUGAGAGGCGGCAUGCAGGACUUCAACUACGUGCACUCGAACUGCUUCGAGGUGACCUUCGAACUAACCUGCUGCAAAUUCCCUAAGGCCGAUCUGCUGCCUGAGGAGUGGCGCAACAACAAGGAAUCCAUGUUGCGGUUCAUGGAGGCGGCGCAAUGGGGGGUGAAGGGGGUGGUGAGGAACGAGCGGGGCGAGGCGGUGCUGGACGCCGACGUGGUGGUGGGGGGGAUUGCGCACAACGUGACCACGUCGAACAGGGGGGAGUAUUGGCGGUUGCUGUUGCCCGGGAAGUAUGAGAUCUACGCUACGGCUUACGGGUAUUUGCCAUCAGAGAAGGUAAUUGUAUUCGUGGAAGAAGGCAAAACCAGCAGGCAGGAUUUCACAUUGAAAUUACAGCCGGUCGUACAAGGUGCCUACGAGGUCUCAGAGACUGUCAACACGAGCACGUACGAUAAAAAUGGAUUUGUCAUCAAAGACAACUUCAAUUUCAAACACCACCAUUAUGAGGAGAUGAUCGCUUACAUGAUUCAUUUCAAUAAGUUGUAUCCCAACAUCACCAGGAUCAAUUCUAUUGGUAAAUCAGUGCAAAAAAGAGAACUGCUUGUUUUCGUCAUUGGUAGUACUCCUGAUAAGCAUGUGCCAGGAAAACCCGAGUUCAAAUACGUUGCUAACAUGCACGGAAACGAAGUAGUGGGCAAAGAACUGCUGCUCUAUUUGAUCAAGUACCUUUGCGAGAGAUACGGGACCGAUGACAGAGUCACUAGAUUAUUGAAAACGACUAGAAUCCAUCUACUGCCCAGCAUGAAUCCAGAUGGUUACGAAAUGUCAAAAGAAGGUGAUCAAUCCAGUCUGCGAGGUAGGAACAACGCAAACGAUUUUGAUCUAAACAGAAACUUUCCUGACCAAUAUGGUGUCAACAAGUUCAAUCGAGUGAUUCAACCAGAAACUCAAGCUGUGAUGGAUUGGACCCUAUCCCAACCGUUCGUGUUAUCAGCAAACUUACAUAACGGAGCUCUGGUAGCCAAUUAUCCGUAUGAUGACACUCCUGAUGGCAAAAUCGAAGAGAACUUGGCUCCUGAUGACCAGGUUUUCAAGUACUUGGCUCAUACUUAUGCGAACGCCCACCGCACGAUGCACAAUGGCAUCCCGUGCCCAAUGUUCCCCAAUGAGAUUUUCCGUGGGGGUAUCACGAACGGCGCCGAAUGGUACAGCGUGACGGGAGGCAUGCAAGACUGGAACUACUUAGCUGCAGGUUGCAUGGAACUCACGCUAGAGGUCGGCUGUUACAAGUACCCGCUAGCGAAAGACCUCUCCGACUAUUGGAACGACAAUAAGGAGGCUUUGAUCAGCUACAUCGAGCAGGUGACAGACCAAGUCGAAAUAUACUUAGCUGUCAGUAGUGGACGUAUGCCGGUUCUCUGUCACAUAAAAACGGUUCACAAAGGUGUUUCUGGUUAUGUAACGAGUACAAUCGGCUAUCGAAUAGAGCUUGCCGAAAUCAUAGUGGAAGGAAACAAACAUGCCGUCAAGUCAGCGAAACAUGGGGACUACUGGAGAAUACUUUUGCCCGGAAAGUAUAAUAUGACUGUGGCAGCCAGAGGAUACGAGAGCUACACCUCAGAAAUAGUAAUUCCGGAAUCAGGUUACUUAGAGUAUAAUGUUACUUUGAUGAAAGAUGACCCCUUGCAUUGGGCCAGCGCCUACGAUUUUGGCAUCGGCGAGAACCAGUACAAACCGCAAUACCACACCAGCCAGGAGAUCAAUUCGAUUCUCUCGUCCAUGGAGAAUAAAUAUCCUGAUGCUGCUGCUUUCCAAGGAGGCGAUAAUCUCGUAUCUAUGGCCAUACGUUCCUUGAAAAUAACCGAUAAGGUCGAAGCUGAUGAUGAGAAAAAGUUUCAUGUGGCUGUGAUGGGCAAUCUUUUCGCUACCCAGCCGAUAGGUAGAGAAAUCGGCAUAUACCUUGCACGUCAUCUACUCGAAGGAUUCCGAAUAGGCGAUUUCAAAGUCAUGAAAAUACUCACAAACACCGUUAUUCACAUCAUUCCUGUCAUCGACAAAGCUUUCGAGCAGAUUUGGGGAGACUACGAAAAAAUCGUUUUGGGCAACGAAAAACCCAACAAGUUCUUGUGCAACAACAUCACCGCAGAUUUCAAGCAAGUGGGAGACCAGCUUAUCAGCUCCAGCGGCAAAAUAGGCGGACACCAAGACAUGAAAAUGAUCGUGAAUGCUUUCAAGCACCUUCUAUUGGAAGAAAAGUUCGAUCUGAUGUUGAACAUCGAGGGAGGCGGUAGUGGAAUACUGUAUCCAUCGACUAAGAAUGUGGUCGAUCCUUACAAGGUCAUAGCGGAAUCUUACAACUCAGAACUGAAAAUGUCACAGAGUUGUUCGAUGUCUAACAAAGGUACAGAUUCUAUACUAACCGACUACCUCUACCACGAGUACAAUACCGCCGUGUUGACUGCCAAAGUCAGCUGUUGCGAAUAUCCGGCAGUAGGGAACAUCCCGUAUAUCUGGAGAGAUAUAUUGGCACCUUUGAUGAGGGUCCUUGCCAGUACUUUGACAGGUGUAGAAGGUGUGGUUAAGAACAAUCUUGGUGAACCAAUGCUGAACGCGAGCGUAACAGUUUCUGGCAUCGACCAGCCCUACGAAGUUACCAAGAAGAUUGCUCAUUUCAAACUUAUGCUGCCUCCGGGCAAUUACAAUUUGGAAAUCAGCUGUCAUGAUUAUCAAACCAAGGUGAUUCACAUCUCUGUGACAGAAGGAAAUCUUUUGUCAUUGGAUGUGGUUCUAGAAGCGAAUGAUUUCGGCUUAGAGGUUUAUCCAGGAACCAUAGUGAAGACAGACCCAGAGAUUAUUGUGACAAAUGAUGACAGUAUGCACAAACCAUUUGCUGGGGAUAUUCCUACUGGAAUUAGAGGUUACAUCCAGGAUUAUUCGGGUCAUCCUAUUCCGACAGCGACGAUAACGGUGCUCGAGAAAAAUGUAACUGUAUUUUCUGACAAAAGUGGUAAAUAUGGUGUACAGCUACCACCCGGUGACUAUACUAUCAAAGUCAAGGCUUCCGGGUACCAUCCCAACGUCAAACUUGUUACUCUCAAUAAGAUCAACCAGUUUCCCAAGGUCGUUAUGGUCCAGCUCAAGAAAGAUACCAACUUUUUCGGUGUUCCCAGGCUGGCAUUCGUGUUAUUAACAGGUUUUAUUUGUGCCGGUGCACUUGGUUUGGGCACAGUUUGCUACAUGACAUGCAAGAGGAAAAGCGAAUACGGUUUAGUAUCGCAACAUAGUUUCUACGAAGAUUACGAGUAUGAUUUCAAAAACGAUUCGAAAGAAAAAGAACUGUUCAGAACACCGUUAGGAUGCGAUGUGAGUUCAAAUAUAAAAGGACUAAUAUUGAGUAUUAAGAAUAUAGAUUUUGCAGACGUAAAAUCCUGUGUUUUAGGCAAACCCCUAACAAGGCCUUACUAUGACGAUGAAGACGAGGAUGAGGAUGACGAUAAUGCCGAUUAUCAAGCAGUAGACCAUUUCAGCGACUCGGAUGAAGAUGUCAUUUUGAUAAAUGGGAAGAAGUGA